AUGAGCCACUAUGGCGUCCCCUACAACAUCCGCAAUGCCCUCCGAACCGUCUUCGCGGAAAGUCAACCACCCAUCCGGCGGAGCAUUCACCAACGUCGCGCCUUCCACAAGUACUUCGUAACGCACCUUCCCUCUUCAUCUCUAGCACCAGACAAGCAAAGCCCGAAUCACCAUCGUCUGCCACGAGAUGAAUCCUCACCACAUGCCGGACCGAGCAAGCGAGCGGCAAAGGUCGCGCAGUCAGCUUCCAGCAGAGAUACGACGAUCGUCAGGAUCCCCAUCAAGAGCGCCAAGCAUCAUUUCGGCGCUGGCGUGAGUCGAGGAAGUAGACCGUAUAAUGAGGAUACAUAUCAGGCAGGCACGAUCGAGAUCCCGGCUUUUGCGCAGCGACAGCCCGUCAGCUUGAGCCGGAAGCUGCCUGGUGCAGGUGGCGGUAUGAAUGAUGGAGGUCAGGCAGCGAAGAGCGAGAGUGGCGACCCACAAGUCUUUUACUUUGGUGUAUUUGAUGGUCAUGGCGGGAGUGAGUGCUCAGAGUUUUUGCGGGACAGAUUACAUGGUUAUGUGGAGGAGGCAGCAUUGUUAUUUGGUAUGGAGAGUAGUCUCAAAAAGGAAAGCACGAACGAUGCCGACAGUCUAGACUCGGAAGGUGGCAUCAUGGGCGAGCAGGAUGCAGAAGACCUGCAACGAGGGCUGGUCUCAGACUGGAAGGAGACAGUAGGCGGCUACUUCAAGCGCUUCAAACCCGAAUACUUCCCCGCCGUCUCCAACCGCGCCUCUGACGAGACCGCGUCCACGCAGAACAACAGUUCCAUCGAAACCGUCCUCACCUAUGCCUUCCUCAAAGCUGACCUCGACUUCACCGCCGCCCAAGCAAGCAAACACACCAACGCCAAGAACAAGCAAGCCUCCCUCGACGACCCCGUCCUCGCAGACAGACCGCUAAACGACAACGACGUCCUCUUCCAUCCCGACCGCCCCGCCUCCCAAAAUCUCCGCACCCGCUCACAAAAGGGCUCCUCACCCGACCUCAGCGCACCCAUAGGCGGCAUCGAACGCUUCAAAGGCGGCUCCACAGCCUCCAUCGCCCUCAUCUCCACACCCACCCCAACCCCCUUCUGGCAUCCCGCAUCCCCAUCAACCUUAAUCGCCGCCCACGCAGGCGAUACCCGUAUCCUCCUCUGCCGCACCAGCGACGGCAAAGCGGUCCCGCUAACCACAAACCACCACCCCGACACCCCCGUCGAAGCCACCAGACUCCGCCGCUACGCCGCCACCUUCGUCACCGACUCCUUCGGCGAAGAACGCAUGGGCGGCCUAGCCAACACGCGAGCCUUUGGCGACAUCGGCAGUAAACGCCUCGGCGUCAGCGCGGAACCGCAAAUCACCCGCCUCAACAUCUCACCCGCCGAACACUCCUUUCUCGUCCUCAUGUCGGACGGCGUAUCGGGUCAUCUAAGCGAUCAGGAGAUCGUGGAUGUGGUCAAGGAGGCCCGGACGCCGGAGCAAGGGGGACGGGAUGUUGUGAGUUUUGCUACGGAGACGGCGGAGAGUGGCGAGGCAGAUAAUGCUACUUGUCUUGUUGUUAGGUUAGGGGGGUGGGAGAGGAGGGGUGAGGGGGGUGGGGGGAGCCUGGGCACGAAGGAGAUGAGGGGGUUUAGGCGGGAGGAGGCUAGUGAUCCGAGGCGGGGAAGGCAGUGA